AUGAUAUCCCCAAACUUUAAUCGCGGAUUAAUUAUCAAUGCACAGGGAAUAAAACUUUCGGAUUUUAUAUCUUAUGAUCUUAAGUCGCAACAUAAAUAUGAUUCCAUAGAAAAAAACACAUCCUUUCAUGCAAAACUAGUUAAUUCAACAAAAAAUAAUAUUGGGCUUUCUGCUGAUGAUUUAGAUCAUGCUUCUACAACUGAUAUUUUUCUAAUGGUACAAUGCAUAAAAGUCGAAUUGGUUAUUAAGAAAGAAGCAAUAAAACCGUCUGAUGAAUUAAUUAAUAAAAUAAAAGAGGCUCUAAAACACCACCAUAAAUUAAUGGAUGUAUUUAACGAUUAUGGAUAUUUUUUGCCAAAAAGGAUAACUCUUGGGCGCAAAAUAUACGGAAUGACUUAUUUAAGCAUAGAUAAGGAUUUAACAGUACAUGGUGAUGUGGAAUGGACAGCUCUUGAUGAUUUUUCGGAAAGUAAGCUCGAAGAUUACUUGAGGUCUUAUAAUUUUGAUUUAUCUUACUUUGAAACAACUAAUGGCGAAUUGAUUAUGAAAAAUAAAAUAAAAGAGUGGAUUAAAGAUUGUUUAGAGUGCAAUAUUGACUCAUUACAAGUUAAUGGCUGCAAAGAAUUAUAUCCAUUGCAUGAAAUUUUUGACUUAUCUCUUCGCCAAGAAGUCGAGUAUAUUCUUGGGAUUAAUAUGACAAAUGAAUCUACUAUUAGUAACUAA